AUUUACUGGUCUUCAGAAAAUUGUGUUUUCAGUAACCGGAUAGUCGCUUCUGGAAGUGGACGUUGUAAAUAAAAAGUUGGAACACAAAAGACUUGCAGAUAGUGUAUUGAUUUUUAUUUAUAAUUAUUGUAAUUGAGAAAUUAUGUCUGGAAAAAGUUUAAUUCCUGCUACGGUGAAUCCCGAUUUACAAAAGGAACGUAAUGCAGCCAGUUUCAAAGUUGAAGAUUUCGCAAGUUGGUGGCAUGGUGGAGCUGAAAAAUUAAAAUUCAAGAGAGACGUAGAAAACUACAUGUUUCAGGACUUGAAAGAGGAUGCUGAUUUGUUUCUCUAUAAAUCACAUAAAGAUAUCUACGAACAAUCUAUAAUGGAGUCAAUCGAAGCCGCUAAGAAGUUGAGAAAACUUCAAGAGGAAAGAAAUCCAGGAGGAGAUGAUAUUUGGCCAACCCUCUACUCUUCAAUCCAUGUUGCGGGUGCUAUGAAGAGAAGAUUAGCAUGGCCCCUGCGCAAGGAUGACACGCAAAAUCGUGAAGCGUUCCACAUUUAA